AUGUCCAACUCCAACCCUCCCUCCGGUACCUCGACGCCGCGCGCAUUCACUGCGCAGUCCGCCACCGCGGAGGACCUACUCAAAUCGCAAACGGUCGGCUUAGUGAACUUGGCGGACUUUCGCAAGAGAAGGGCAGAUGUGUUGGAAUUGAAAGAGAAAGAGGCGAGAGAAAGGACUGGAACGAGGACACCGGAGAGUGAUGGUGCGGCGGCGACACGAAAGACUGAUCACGACGGACCUCCGAGUAAGAAGUUGAAGAAGAAAAAAGCUGCAGCGAAAGGGCUUCUAUCCUUUGGAGGCGACGAAGACGAAGACGCAGAUGGCGGAAGCGCGGUCUCGACGCCCGCGGCGCGAAGCCUCAGGACGUCCGCCGAACCGUCGCCUGAACCAUCCGCGAUUACUCGAAAAUUAACGCCCAACCCAAAGUCAACACUCCCUCCACCCAGGGCAAUCACAAAAGCCGCCUUGGCCGCCGACGCUCUGGAGCGAGAAAGACUCCGGAAGGAAUUUCUUGAGAUCCAAGAACGGGUGAAGGAGACAGAGAUUGAGAUUCCCUUUGUGUUUUACGAAGCUGGGGCGAAUGUUCCAGGCGGGAGCGUGAAAGUGAAAAAGGGCGAUCAUGUGUGGUUGUUCUUGGACAGGUGCAGAAAAGUCGGCGCUGAACUCGGCGUCUCUGGGUCUGGCUCGGCAUCUGGUGCUGGUGGGAGUGCCGCGCAGAAGAAGAGCAGGGAGGACUCGAAGAAACAGUGGGCGCGCGUGGGCGUAGACGACUUGAUGCUCGUAAGAGGCGAAGUCAUAGUACCGCAUCACUAUGAGUUCUACUAUUUUAUUGCAAACAAGAUUCCCGAUCCGAGCAGAGAAGGGAAGUUGCUGUUCGAGUACUCGGGAACAGCAGACGUCAGGAAUACCAGCCCGGGCGGACAAGAUGGCGAAAACAUUGGCCUGUUAAGGGUGCCCAGAAAGAAGCAAGAGACGUUGGAAGGGCAGAAUGACGAUCCGACGUUGACCAAAGUCGUGGAUCGGAGGUGGUACGAGAGGAACAAGCACAUCUAUCCGGCAAGUGUAUGGAAAGAGUUCAAGCCUGGGAUGGACUUUGAGGAGAUCGCUAAGGGAGGCAGAAGAGAUCCGCAGGGCAAUGCCUUUUUCUUUGGCUGA